CGCGGUUUGCGGGUCCCCAUUUAGACCCGACCGGGGUUCCUCCUCAGACAGCUUCCUGUCUUGUUAAUCCACUUGUUGAGUAGCUUGAGGAAGAAGAGGAGGAUUCAAAGUAAAAACUUCCACUCAAAGUCAACAACAAUGGCGGAAACGGACGGGUAAUAAGCAUCAUGUUGGGUCUGAGGGAAGCCGGUGUCGUCGGUGCUUCCGUCGCGGUCGCUGGAGGAGUCGCUUAUCUGAUCUGGACCUUCACCUCCUCCUCCUCCUCCUCCUCCGGGGAGGAAGAGAAGAAGCCUGAAACACGACCGGAGAAAGACGGUCAAAGUGCCGAAGAGGAGCCGGAGAGAAGAGGGGAAGCUGUCGUGGUCCCUGCUGCUGAAGCUCCGCUUGUUGCUGCUGAAGCUCCGAAAGCACCGGAGUCCAAGCCUGUGGAGUCAGCGGGGACCCAGGUUCUGGUUCUGGGUCUGGAUGGAGCCGGUAAGACCAGCCUGCUGCACUGUUUGUCCACCGGUGUCCUGGAGCAGGACAUGCAGCCGACGCAGGGCUUCAACGCCGUCUCCAUCAACAGAGAGGAUCUGCACAUCGAGUUCCUAGAAAUUGGAGGUAAAGAGGAUCUACGGCCGUACUGGCAGAAAUACAUGUCCAGGGCCCUGCUGCUGGUGUUUGUGGUCGACUCCUCCAACCCACAGCUCUUCCCCGUCGCUAUGAAGCAUUUACAUGAGCUGCUGGCGUCCGACCCCCGCCUGCCUUUAAUGGUACUGGCCAACAAACAGGACCUUCCAGGAGCCUGCAGCAUUACCGACCUCCAUGACGCCCUGUCUCUGUCUGAGGUCGGAGACCGCAGGUUGUUCCUCAUCGGUACCUACGUGAAGAAGGGCGAGGCAGAGCUCAGCUCCGGCGUUCAGGAUGCUCGGGACCUGAUCAUCCAGAUGGUUUGUGACGGCAGAUAAAACACUCACUUAGCCCUGGGUUUUUGAUAAAAAAAAAUGUAAUAGGUUCUCUGCAUCUUUUCAUCUAAAUGUUCUCACUACACCAGGUCAGCUGAAACUCUUAUUUAUUUAUGAGAAACUUAAAAUGUGUUUGUUGUUUUGGUAUGACAAAGCUAGGAUUAUAAAAGUCCUACAUUUUUGAUUUGGAAGUGUAAAACUUCACUGAAUUUGACAACUAUUUUCUUGUUUCACCGUUACCAAAAGACCGAAUCUUAAAGGGAUAGUUUGGGUGUUUGAGGUACUUAUCCAUAGUCAGUGUAUUACCUCCAUUAGAUGACGGUCGGCCAGCAGCUGCUGUGGACGGGGCCGGUAGCAAAACAUAUUUUAGCCAC